AUGGAUCAGGCCGGCGGCGACAUGCUCAUCGAUCAUGAGUACGACGAGAAGCAGGGCGACGUCGCCAUCAUCACGCCCGCCGACUCGGACGACCAAAUGGACGAGGUUGAUGCCGAGCCCGAGCCGCGCGCUGACGAGUACGAUGCCUUUCUAAAGAGGCACAUGGCUGAGUUGCCCGAUCAGGAAACAGAGGCGGAGAUAUAUAACACAUGGGAGAUCAGAGACUGGCGAACGCUCACUAGGAAGGAACAUGGCCCGGUCUUUGAGUGUGGCGGCCAGCCAUGGCGCAUACUAUUCUUCCCAUACGGCAACAAUGUUGACUUUGCGUCGUUCUACCUCGAGCAGGCGUAUGAGGAGAACAAGAUGCCCGACAACUGGUAUGCCUGCGUGCAAUUCAUGCUCGUCCUCUGGAACCCGAACGACCCCAGCAUGUACAUCACACACACCGCACACCACCGCUUCACCGCCGAAGAGGGAGAUUGGGGAUUCACACGGUUCGCGGAGCUUAGAAGACUUUUUGCUAACAGCUGGGAUGACCGAGGACGCCCAAUGGUGGAGGGCAAUGCCGCCAACGUAACAGCAUAUAUUCGCGUUCUCAAAGACCCCACCGGUGUGCUAUGGCACAACUUCCUAAACUACGACUCCAAGAAGGAGACCGGCAUGGUUGGUUUGAAGAACCAGGGUGCGACUUGUUAUCUGAACUCGCUCCUUCAAUCGCUGUACUUCACAAAUGCCUUCCGCCAGGCCGUCUACCAGAUCCCUACCGACGAAGACGACAAGGGAAGCUCUUACGCAUUGCAACGACUUUUCUAUUUGCUCCAGAACACAAACAAUGCGGUCAGCACCACGGGAUUGACACAUUCUUUCGGAUGGGACUCGAAGCAGAUCUUCGAGCAGCAGGAUGUGCAAGAGCUAAACCGCGUGCUUAUGGACAACCUUGAUGCUAAAAUGAAGGGGUCGGCAGCUGAGGGCGCCCUCGAGAGGAUGUUCGUCGGCAAGAUGAAGACUUAUAUCUCCUGCAUUAAUGUGGACUACGAGUCAUCCCGGAUAGAAGACUACUGGGACAUCCAACUCAACGUUAGUGGCAACAAGAACUUGGACGACAGUUUCAAAGACUAUGUGCAGGUCGAGACCAUGGACGGCGAAAACAAGUACUUUGCGGAAGGAUUCGGACUGCAAGACGCCAAAAAGGGCGUCAUCUUUGAAAGCUUCCCGCCAGUCCUGCAUCUGCAACUCAAGCGCUUUGAGUACGACUUUCAACGCGACGCCAUGAUGAAGGUAAACGAUCGUUACGAGUUCCCAGAGGUAUGGGAUGCUUCGCCAUACCUGUCCGACAACGCCGAUCGCUCAGAACCUUAUGUCUACCGUCUGCACAGCGUCCUGGUGCACAGCGGAGACCUCAACGCUGGGCACUACUACGCUUUUAUCAAACCCGCCAAGGAUGGACACUACUAUAAGUUUGAUGACGACCGCGUCACGCGCGCGACGAAGCGCGAAGCACUAGAGGAGAACUUUGGAGGUGAUUACGCACAGGCUCAGAACGGAAAUGCUGGCCAACGGAACCCAUACACCAGGACCUGGUCGUCGAAGCGAUCUAUGAGCGCUUACAUGUUGGUAUACAUCCGCGAGAGCCGACUUGACAGCAUUCUUCCUGAUGCGGAGAGCGUUGCCCCACCAAAGCACUUGGCUGAACGCAUUGCCGAAGAGCAUGCUGCAUUUGAGAAGAAGAAGAAGGAGCGAGAAGAGGCACAUCUGUAUAUGGAUGUCGUCGUCGCGUCAGACGAGAAUUUCAAGGCCUACCAAGGGUUCGACAUUGUUCCCUGGAAAGGCGAUUCUGAAUCAGCUGCCAAUCCAAAGACGCACCGCGUACUUCGACAGACAACCAUGGCCCAAUUCAACACAAUAGUCGGCCAGGAUCUUGGCGUCAAGGGCGACAUGCUGCGACCUUGGUCUAUGGUUAAUCGCCAGAACGGGACAGUCCGUCCGGAUACGCCACUAGAAUUCCCUGAUAUGACUGUUGAAGAAGCUGCUGCUAAGCAUGGCACGAAACAGUCUGUCUUCAGAUUGUGGAUGGAGAAGGCUGUUCAGCGCGACGCAGAUGAUGCCCCUGUUUUCGGCGACAAGCUACUGGAAAUCAAAGGGACUGGCGACAAGCCAAUCAUGCUCUUCCUGAAGCACUUCGAUGCCAAGACACAGAGCCUGUUUGGUAUCGCUACUAUCUACGCUGGAUAUCAGGAUCGGGUUUCUGAUCUCAUGCCAAUCAUUGCAAACACCUUAGGCUGGCCGAGCGCUACGCCGAUGAAGCUCUCGGAAGAAAUCAAGAUGAGCAUGAUUGAGGUGAUGAAGCCUAAGACGACCCUGGCACAAUCAGAACUGCAGGAUGGUGACAUUGUCACCGUUCAACAAGCAUUGACCGACAAGGAGAUUGAGCAGAUCCGAUCAACAGGAGGCUACGUUGACGCUAAGGAAUUCUACGAAUUCCUCCUGAACAGGAUCAACAUCGAGUUUGUCGCAAGAGUCCAACCCGAGGGCGUCGAGUUGCCAGCCUUCUCUCUCACACUCAGCAAGAAGAUGUCGUAUGAUCAGAUGGCGGCGAAAGUUGGCGAAUACCUCCAAUGCGACCCAACCCAUAUACGUUUCACGACGGUCAGCACUGCCGGCAAGCCGAAGCAGACUGUUAAGUACAACGCUAACCAGACAUUGAAUAAUAUCAUGUACCCUGGCCCGUACAGUUAUGCGCAGGCUUCGGGACAACGGCCAGAUGCUCUAUUCUAUGAGAAGCUGGACAUGAGUCUCAAAGAGCUCGAGCAAAGACGGCCAAUCAAGGUGACUUGGCUUUCAGAGGGCCUUCAGAAGGAGGAGGAGGUGACGAUCAUGAUUCCGAAGAGUGCUCAGGUCGCCGACCUCCUGGAAGAACUGCAGCGCAAAGCCAGCAUCAGUGACGAGGUUAUGAACAAGGUCCAGGCAUGGGAAGUCUCGAUGCACAAGUUCUCCAAACAGCUGACGUCGGACCUGCAAGUUACAGCUCUUGCUGAGUACUCGCAAAUCUACGCAAUGCCUGUUCCGGAGAUUGACGCUCCUCGAAGGGUAUCAGUAUUCCAUUUUGACAAGGACCACACCAAAGCCCACGGCAUCCCAUUCCAAUUCGCGCUCAAGGAGUCCGAGCCAUUUAGCGAGACCAAGCAACGACUCUCGGACUUGACGAAGAUUAAGGGCAAGCAGCUCGACAAGAUCAAGUUCGCGAAGGUAGCGCGGGCACAAUACUCGAAACCCACAUACAUCGAGGACGAUGAUGAAAUUUUGUGGGACACAUUGGCCGACGAUCAAUCUCUUGGGCUGGAUCAUCCAAACAAGAGCCGAAGCUUCUGGGGCAAGUCGGAUUCCAUCUUCAUUCGAUAA